UUCCUCCAUUUCCUGUUUGGAUUCGGAACGAGACAUUAUACCUUCAGAAUGGGAAUAAAAGGCGGAUAGAAUAGGAUAAUCGGGUGGAUGAUUUGGCCCACUAAAUGCAGCUAAGCCUACAAGAACGGGGAAAGAGUCGCGUGUUUACCGGAGAUGAAGGCGACCACCUGUGGUAAUUAGAUGUGUAGUGUGUUCCAAACACCUGUGUGUAGGACCAACGGAAGAAGGCCGCGACAAACGUGUUAUAACUGAAAAAUACUGGAGGCUUCAACUGUGAUAAAGCCGUUUAAAACAAGUACACAGCCCCAUCAUGUCCAGCUCGCUCCUAUGGGCAGUGGACGUAUACGGGAAGGUGUACAGCCUAUCCACCACCAGAGGGCGCUGGGAGCGUGACGAGGACAACCUCCUGGAGCUAAAGCGUGUUACCGCUGGACAGAGGUGCAGCUGGGGAGUUGGCUGUGACCACCAUGUUUACCUCAAUAUCGACCCUGGGGAGGUGCCAAUUCACUAUCGAGAGGAGACCUAUGAGAACCAGAGGUGGAACCCAGUGGACGGCUUCACUGACGUGCUGCUGCCCACUGACCGUUGGGCCUGGAGUGACCUCACAGGGGUGACCGCCCAGCCGCUGCACAGCUUCCUGUUGCCCUCAGACAGCUGGGAGUGGGAGGGGGACUGGUACGUUGAUCAGGUCUGCGCUGGAGGAGACCCCACUGAACCUGGGGGCUGGGAGUAUGCAGUGGACUUUCCUGCUAACUUCUCCAGAGAGAAGAAGUGGAACUCAUGUGUUUGUCGCAGGCGAUGGAUUAGAGACAGGAUAUACAAAGCCAGAGGCUCUUGGACCAAGAUCCCCUUGGACCACCCCAAGCAGCCCCCUCUCCCCCUCAGUGACAUUAGCUGUGGAGGCUGGGAGAUGAGCGACCAACCCGGGCGAUAUCACUUCCUGUGGGGUGUGUCCCAACAAGGACAGGUGUGGUUCAGGAGUGGCAUCCUGCCACAGGUCCCCGAGGGCCAGUGCUGGGAGGAGGUGGAGGCCCCCAGGGAGGUGGCCCAGAUCUCUGCCGGACCAGGGGACUUGCUCUGGGCUGUACUCUGGGACGGACAGCUACUGGUCCGCACAGGCAUCUGCCUGGACAGCCCUACAGGUUCCUCAUGGGUGGUGGUGGAUUCUCCCCCAGUAAAGGAGGGCGGAACCAUCCAUGUUGCUGUGGGGGUCAGCGUGGUGUGGGCCAUCACUAAGGACUACAAAGUGUGGUUUCGGCGGGGGGUGAACUCCCAUAACCCCUGUGGCUCAGGAUGGAUCAGCAUCGGAGGGGAGAUGAUGAUGGUGGAUGUGGGACUCAAUGACCAGGUGUGGGGAGUUGGAGAGGACCGUGGGCUGUACUUCAGGAAGGGUGUCACCCCAUCGGAGCCCAGUGGGAGGGGCUGGAUACCUGUUUCUGCCCAAUGGGGUCACAGCAAAGAGACGGUCCAACCCAGUGCUGGCUGUGAGUUUGGGGGACAGGUGACCAAUGCUUCCCAUGGCUCUGUUCUGACCUGCGAGGACUCAGGGGACACAGAGCUCCUCCUCACCACCACCCCAAGGCCACAGGAUACCCCUAAAGCCUUCAUCCCCACCAGCGACAGCUUCAUCUCCAGCCUGGUGGCUGACCGUGAGCCCCUGAGGACCCCCACACCCUCCCCCAAAAAGCCACCCCAGGGGAAGGACGGCGAGGCCACCCCAGCUCCGAUGUGCAAUGUGGACCUGGAGGCAGCUCAGAGCCCCCAGGGAGAGGCAUCUUCUCUAGGCAGGGCAGGGGACAUGGGACCCCCCACCUCAGUGGCCACCUACCCCCUGGGUCUGGAGCUCUCUCUGGGUUUAGGGGAGGAGGACGGGCCUGUAUGGGCCUGGAUCUCUGGCGGAGGCUGCGACGUGGACCAUACAGCUCAGAUGACCUGGCUCAGGCCUGCAGACCCAUGCUCCACUGCCCUGUCCAUCGCCCCUGUUGAACCAGAAGCCUCGGCGGCUAGGAAGGCAGAGACCACCACCAGUAAGGAGCCAGCGGAGAGAAGCGCGUCUGUGUGGGUGAGGAAGGGCAGCAUGCGCUGGUGGAGGGACUGGAAGCCCUAUCGCUGGGUGGAUGUGGGCGUGGCCCUGGAGCAGUCCACCGACGUCAAUGGCAAGAGGGAUGCCAUCUUCUUCAUCUACUUCACCCAGUAUGACGAGAAGAAGUACAUCCAUGUGUUUAUAAGUGAUGUGACGGUGCUGGUUCCUGUACUCAAGGAAAACUCCCAUCAUGCCUUUGCGGUGUACACGUCAGAUAACACAAAACAAAGAUGGCCGCUGAUCCUGGCUACACAGACUGAGAAGGACAUGGCUGACUGGCUGUCCCUGUUGGCUGGGUGCUGCUGCGAGGCCAGAGGGAUCAGGGGAACCCCCUCCCGACAGGCCCUGUGGUCAGUCACCUCCAAGGGGGACGUGAUGGUCCACGAGCCCUCUCCCUGUCUGGAGGCCCCGGCACACACCUUGCCCUGUGACACGAUGUUUUGGCUGCAGGUCCCGGGCCACCUGCGCUGUGUAGAGUCUAACAGUCUGGGUGUGGUGUGGGGGAUCGGGUAUGACGGCACCGCCUGGGUCUACUCUGGUUCGGGCAGCGCUGCUCAGGAAGAGCCCCCUCAGGGAGACAGGGUUACCCUGCACACACAGACAGAUGGAAGGACUGUGUACAUCUAUGAGAACCAGCGAUGGAACCCCAUGACCGGAUACACAGACAAGCUCCUCCCCACAGACCGGUUCCCGUGGAGUGAUGACAACGGCUUUACAGAGUGCACCAAGUCCACCACCCACCCACCCUCGCCUCAGUGGAGCUGGGUGACAGAGUGGGCCGUCGACUUCGCUUUCUCAGGAGGGACAGACAAAGAGGGGUGGCAGUAUGCAGCAGACUUCCCUGUGACGUUUCAUGGCAACAAGAGCCUGAAGGACUUUGUCAGACGUAGGCGCUGGGUCAGGAAGUGUAAAAUCACCCUGACUGCCCCGUGGCAGGAAGUCCCACCCAUCCCCCUAAGUGACAUCACAGUGUUGCCGUGCCUGGCUCAGAGCAGUAUGGAGCAGGUCCCAGUCUGGGGCCUCAGUGACAAGGGGGACGUCCUGUGUCGCCUGGGGGUCACCCCCCAAAACCCUGCGGGUUCCUCGUGGCUCCACGUGGGUACUGACCAGCCCUUCAAGUCCAUCUCCAUCGGGGGAGGUCACCAGGUGUGGGCCAUUGCCAGGGACAGAGCUGUGUUCUACAGGGGCUCAGUGUCUGCCAGCAACCCUGCAGGAGAGUGUUGGUACCACAUCCCUUCCCCACCCAAACAGAGCCUCAGACAGCUGUCUGUAGGGAGAACCUCGGUCUACGCCGUGGAUGAAAACAGUAACCUGUGGUACAGACAGGGCCUGACUCCCAGCUACCCCCAGGGCUCAGCCUGGGAGCUCAUCUCCAACAAUGUGACCAAAGUCUCAGUAGGACCUCUAGAUCAGGUAUGGGUGAUAGCAGACUGGGUCCCAGGCUGCCCCAGUGAGCUGUCUGUCCCUGGAGCUGUCUGUCACAGGCUGGGGGUGGGACCUAUGCAUCCCAAGGGCCAGUCCUGGGACUACGGCAUCGGGGGAGGAUGGGAGCACAUCAGUGUGAGAGGGAACUCCACAGAGGCUCUACGUGCCACCCCGGCCCUUACUGGAUCCACCCUCCGUAGCCCACUCCCUGCCAGGUUACCUUUGUCACAGGAGAAUGGGAACUCUGUGGGUCUGUAGGGCCCCUACUAACCUGCCCCGUUCUGUCAUCUCUACCCACAGCCCUGUGUGUGACUGAUUCCAUUUCCAACCUUUGUCACAUUUUUGCUACAACCCUGCACAAACAUGGUACUGUUGGUCUAAAUGUGAAGACUGUAUUGGUUGGAUAUUUAAAUCACUUAGUGCUAGGCUGAAACAUGUUGGCCACCUUUGACCCAGCACUGGAAGUAAGUGCUUCUGUCAGUUUUCAUCCAGUCCAUUAGUGGCAGGUGCUAGGAGAAGUGGAACAGAGCCUGUGUGUUGGUAUGGGACACAGGCUCUGUUCCACUUCUCCUAGCACCAACUGCCUACGCCACUCCCUUGGACCUCCGUGUAGUCUUGCAUUCUAUGAUUUUGUUUUGGUUUUCUCAUUUGCCUAGUUGACACACAGUACCUUUUCAUCAAGGUCUAUGUAUGCUUUGGAAUAAAAAAUGUUGGGCUGUUUGGCCUGCAUGAUGUUUGCAAUGUAGUGGUUGAAGUAGCUUUUUCACCAGAACUAAAAAGAUCAAUUCUAGUCAUAGCUCUGGGCUUCCAUGACAAGGAUUUUAUCACUGUCAAUUUACAACCAGAUUUUUCCUAAAAUGGUAACAUCAAGGGUAGUAAAUAAUACGGACCUGAAUGAAUAGCAUCUAUUUGCUGUGUUAUGCAUAGGACCAGGAGUUCUUUAUGCUCAGGUCACAUGAUCUAGCAGAAGCUAGAAGCUAGAGCUAGUUAUGACGUAUCCCUGGUGGAUUACUUCAGUAUUCCAUGCGGAUACUGAGGCCGGGAUUCAAACAAAUGGCACUGUGCCUACAUUGCACUACACUUGACGUUUGGCGAUUGCAUUUUGUAGUGAUGUCAGCACACUUCCUUUUGUUUGAAUUCCUGUCUGAGUUUGCUGUGGCCUUGACUGUUUGAAGCUGUGAAUGUCCUCUUACAAGGACAGAAAACUGAAAUAAAUUCCAAAACAGCUCUGCAA